AUGGCGUCAGCACUAAAUGGCAGGACACCAAGCAGAGCGAUGAAGGCGCUUCAUGAUGCCGCAGGCGCCGUUGACCGUUCACUAACGAACGUCGAACUCACGAGUGUACCACGCGACCGCCGACUGGGAAGUGGUGAGAGACGGCUCGACGCGCAUAAAGCGGCGUUCGAGGAUGGCACGUUAGAAAAAUCUAUGACUGCACAGCAAACGAACCAAGGCUGGAUCACUCGCAAGAAGCUUCCGUGGCUUGAUGGGCCGCAGUCGAGCAAGCCGGGUGAGGUACCUGGAGCAUGGCAGUCAAGUCUCGAGCUCGCCACUGCGCCGGCGGACGCUGACGUUACAGUACCCGGCUUCGUUGCAGUAGCUCCCUCCCCGUCAAAGAGGGAGAAAGCUCGUGCCUCUAUCAGCUCAGUAGGCGGUCACCCAUCGCUCCGCGCCAUCGGUUCAUCGGCCUCUCUCCGUAAUCGACCGAAGAGCGUCCAGCGACCACGAACGCUGUCGCUGAACUCCGACCCACGACCGGGCGUCCGAGCCGCUGUCUCGACCAAGCACCAGGCCAAGCGCGCAUUGGGUAUUGUCAGCGAGCAGUCGACUAGGAUCGAGGAUUAUACGCCUUCUGAAUACAGCACCACGAUCUCUUCUGACGCUGAUCACGCCCCAAUGACUGAGCUGGAGCCUAUGCCUUCCACCUUGCCUAAGCGAGACCCGUCAUCAUACGAACGGCUGGUGCAACAGCCAUCUGCGAAAGUGCAGCGCGGACGACCGAAGCGAGGUAUCUCACCGCAAAAGGUCGAUCGAGCACUAGACUUUCCUUUCAACGAAGUGGCGCCGCUGUCCAUGAAGCGAAAGUGCGAAGACGACUGCAGCAGUUGUCGACACUGUGACUCGCCUAUAUUGGAGCGAAAACAAAGCGAGCUGCGGUCUCCAUUGAAAACUGCCAUGUCGCCUUCAGGGCGGUCAGAUAUGCCGCCUUACCUACCGCCGAAGAAGCAAACGACAAUGCCCAAGCCUAUCGUAAAGCGGGAGACGCUGCACGCGCUGCCCUCCCACCUCAUGGCGCCUUCUUCCUCGACCUCAUCAAGUCUUCCCUCCCACCUCAGAGUAACAAGCCCAGACAUCUCCUCUCCGCCGUCGCGAACAAACACAAAGCUGCCGCCGCCCACUAAGCGAGAGCGGCAUGACGAUCAGCCUUCGCCGAAGGAAAUCCUGCAAGGCCCCGCACCUGCUGUGAUCAAGCAUCGCAACCUCCGUCGCGAGAACCGCUCACUAAACAGCGCGGUCACCGGGCUAGAGGACCUGCUGGAGCAAGCGCUGGACGUGGCCAGAGAUGCGGCGAGCUCUGGUCGGAAGGAUGAGGUGGCGCAGAUACUGAGCUCGGCGACUGCGGCUUUGCGGCAGGCUAGUAACGCUUUGCCUAUGGAUCAAAGUCUUGGGCGGAGCAUGACCGACUACCGUGCACGUAUUGAGCCUUAUCCGCGUGGUGACGAUGCGUCUAGCUCUGGCAGCGAGACACCCACUAACCCCUCCACGCUACACACUCGCGCCGACUCAGCAGGUACAGCCCCAACCAUCUUCACCCGCAGCGCAAAAUCCAGCGCCCAGCCUCUCGUCUCCGAGAAGUACAGAAAAGACGGCAAAUCCCUCACCUCCCUACGAGCCGCACGAGUCUCAUCUUCGAGCGAACCCUCAAUGACGAAUACCCCACCCCGACUCUACCAGCCUGCCUCCGCCGACUCCAUCGUGCGUGAUUUCGCUUACGCUGGCCGCCGACUCACACGCGCACAAGCACGGUCGCUGGAUCUCCGGGCCACGUAUGGCGCUGCGGCGGACUUCUAUGGUGAUCAUGGGGAGUCUGUUGCUGCUCAGCCGGGGGUUAGACGGAGUGUUGUUGUUGAACGGGUGUUGGAGAAGCCGAAGCCGAAGCGGAAGAGGGGACGGGUGGGUGAGGGGGCUAAGGAUGGGUUUGAGGUGCGACCAGCGCCGCUGCCUUUGAAGGAUAGAAGCGCGACCGGGAGUGAUCUGACGCCACUUCCACAAGCGCGUAUGGAUGCUGUUCCGUCGAGAAUGAUGGAGGCGCGGGAUGCGAAGGGAGCGACUUUGCCGCAGCGGAGCAGGAAAGCUGUAGCGGAUGGCCUCUUCGAGCCAGCCUACUUCCGCGUCCCUGACGCUUCCCACCCUGCCGCCCAAGUCUCAACCCUCACGAACACAAGGGCAGCACCUCCUACCACAGACUCUCAGACAACACCGCCAGCAAACCUCAAGCUGAGUCCAAGGCGGCAUAUUAGCCUGAAAGGAGGCCAGGGGUUUUCUCUCGGCCGCUAUCACAGACGCCAGCCGAUUGCGAGGGAGUGGCAUACACUUCGCAAGCGCAUCACGGCGGCUGUUGCGUGCGCGAACACGGUGUUCAUUGGGUUGAUCGCGGGCAUCUACGCCGGCGAGGUACCCCGGAUCCAGUAUCAGAUCCAGGAUCUGAACCACGAGGUUAUCUUGGGCAAUGUGCUCCUCUUCCUCGGCCUGGGUCUUUCAACCUUAAUCUUCUGGCCCUUACCUCUCCUCCAUGGCCGCAAACCCUAUACCCUCCUCGCUUUCGCCUGCAUGCUGCCUUUGCAAUUCCCGCAAGCACUCGUAGUCGCCGGCUUUCGCGACCCGAAUAAUUCGCUUUACCGCUGUGGCCUGCUCAUCCCGCGCGCCUUCACCGGCUUCGCCCUGGGCUUUGCGAAUGUAAACCAGCUUCCCACGCUGUUCGAUCUCUUUGGCUGUUCCUUGAUGUCUGAAGCGCCGCAUCAGGAGAUCGUGAUGCAGGAUGAUGUUCGCAGACAGGGUGGCGGUGUGGGCAUUUGGCUAGGUUUAUGGUCUUUCUGCUUCGUCGGCUCGCUGUCGAUCGGUUUCUGCAUCGGGGCUUGCAUCAUCUCCGGUCUGGAUCCGAGCUGGGGCUUUUACAUUGUCGUCAUCAUGCUGGCGGUGGUGUUGUUGGUCAACGUCAUUGCGCCCGAGACGCGAAGGGCACCGUACCGCCGUUCGAUUGCCCACUUUAUCGACAACGACGAGAACCUGAGGCGCAGAGUGGCGAGAGGCGAGGUGAAGCUACACAUAUCCAAUGAAGGUCCCAGGUGGUGGUGGCAGGAAGUAUUGGCCGGCGUCAUCCUAUCUACGCGCAUGACGCUGCAACCCGGCUUCUUCGUCCUGGCGUGGUACAUUGCCUGGAUCUACGCGCAGGUCACGCUCGUCAUCUUGAAGCCGCAGUACGUGGGCCUCGCCACCCUCUCCCUCGCCCUCGGCGCCAUCCUCGCCAUCCCCCUCGCCAAAGCCUCCAUCUUCUCCCGCGCCCGCUACAAACCCCAACGCACGGACAGCAUGACCAUGCGCUCUCCUCGCUUCACCUGGUCCUCCCACCUCAUUCGCCGCUGCACCUUCACCCUGCUCCUCCCUUUCGCGGCCCUAGGCUACACCCUCACCGCGCCCGGCCCGAGCAUCAACUGGUCCGGCCCCACAAUCUUCGCCGCACUCAUCGGCUUCUUGUCCAACCUCGCCGUGGCGGAGACGGUGGGUCUGAUCAUGGAGACGUUCGACACGUGCGACCUCCAACCGGGCAGUAACCAAAAGCACCGCUUACAGUCCAUGGCGGAAACGACACGGCGACGACGAACAAACUACUCCUCCUUCCCUCGCGUUUGCGCGGGUUUCUUCGCAGCGCAAUCCCUCGGCUUCUUCCUCGCCGCCGUCGCGACAGCUGUCAGUGGCGAGCUGACGCGCGCCUUGGGCGCACAGAUCGCCAUCUCCACCGUCGCGGCUAUACUGCUCGUCAUCACCGUCCUUUUCAUCCUGGUGAUGGUGCGGUGGAAGGAGGUGCAAGUCAUACCGAACAGUGUCUUUGAGCGCGCCACGAAGAAGGGGAGUGUCGCCUGGGGCGCAGAUGAUCCGGAGUGGAGGCCCGUCAUCAUUGGCAAUCCGUCGGGCAAGAUGCGGAGGGUGAAUUUGCUGGAGUUGGGGAGUCAGAGUCGGUGGACGGAGCUAAGGCAGUUGAAUAAGCUGAUCAAAGAGUGA